CUCCGUCUCUGCGCAGCUGGCGGGGAUCGCUAUGACAACAGGCUACGCCCCUACCCGCGGUUUGUGUUUGCGCAGGCGCCAACGGAAGUGAGCCGCCGGAAGCGGAAAGUUCCGUCUCUCCUCUUCCCUCGGAGAGUGAAGCAUCGCAGAAGAAACGGGAGUAACUUGUGGGUGCAGUCGCCACCAUGAGCCUCCUCAAUAAGCCCAAGAGUGAGAUGACCCCAGAGGAGCUGCAAAAGCGGGAGGAGGAGGAAUUUAACACAGGUCCACUCUCUGUGCUGACCCAGUCAGUCAAGAACAACACUCAGGUGCUCAUCAACUGCCGCAACAACAAGAAACUCCUGGGCCGUGUGAAGGCCUUUGACAGGCACUGCAACAUGGUGCUGGAGAACGUGAAGGAGAUGUGGACUGAGGUCCCCAAGAGCGGCAAGGGCAAGAAGAAGUCCAAGCCGGUCAACAAGGACCGCUACAUCUCCAAGAUGUUCUUGCGCGGGGACUCAGUCAUCGUGGUGCUGCGGAACCCGCUCAUCGCUGGCAAGUAGGGGCCUCUGCCCUGCUCUCAGGACCUCCUCCCGCCCUCCGAAGUCCUGUCCUUAGUGAUGCAGUGAUAAUAAAGUGCUGCGUUGUUUUUUUUUU